AUGCAAAGACAAUGUACUGCAUUUACUGAUGCGGCGAUCCGACAUUUGCGACAUCAGCUUCGACGGCCAGUAAUGGACAGUGUCGAUGGGCAUAAUGUUGAACCUGCUCGUCGAUGGAGGUGUCAACGGCCUCCUGGAUUAUGGAGUCGCCGUGAAGAGUCUGGUGAUAUGUCGGGAAAAAGCUUCGGUGUGUUCCCAUACGUUGGUACUUUGCAUGCUCUACAAAGUGUAAACAACUACGUUUUAUCUCUUUGCCUAUACCAUAAUAUACUUUCGCUUCGAGAGGAUAAAAUCACUACUGGUAGAGGACGUCUUCGGAACCUCAGCGGAAGAGUAUCUCGUAGAGUCAUGACCUUUGUCAACAGACCUGUAAGGGAGCUAGCACUCAAGAGAUUUAUUAGCAAAAUUGAGGCCAGACGACGAGCGGAAAUGGAUAAUUCGUGGACGAAAAGGGAAUUACGCCCUGGCCAAGUGACAUAUCCACGUUCGAGAAGCAGAUCGUUAGAAAGGUUGAGAAACGGACCAGAUCAGAGUGUGGCCGAAGAAAUAUCUUCAAAUAAAGAGAAAUCUGCUGAACUCGUUACCGGAAACAAUGACAAUGACGGUGCAGUAAUCGUGAACGGCCUGCCAUUCUGGAUAACAGCAGAGGACCCGCAGCUGAUUGACCGGGAAGACAGCGACACCGAUGAUGAGUUACCGUUAAACGCGGACAUUGUCUUGGAUGUACACCGAAGAAAUCUUGAAUUGGAUAAAAUGCCUGCAAUUCCAGUAGUUCUUGAUCCUCUCGAUGACCUUCGAAAACUUCAGAAAAGAGACAAGCUUUUCUUUACCAAAACGGUUUUAUUUGGGAACUCCGUUCGCAGCAUGAUCAACCUAAGCGAUACGACAUCGAUGAAAAUUUCUAGGAAACAAGGCAAAAUCUCAACAUUAUCGUUCAACCAGCCUGAUACAAGGUUUCUAUAUUUGCGAGAGAGAUUCUGGGUGUUAACAGAGGAUCCGUACACGCCGACCUGUAUAGCACGACCAGAAGUUCAUGGUCGACGUAAAGGAUCGUUGACGGAAAGUACAAACAAAAGACAGAAAGGCCUUGUUCAACCAGAAGAGGAAGGUCGCAACAGCUCUAAUAACGAGGAGACAGUUGGAGUUCAAUAG